AUGUCUGUCUACUCAGAGCAGCAGCCGCUGCUUUCUAACACGGACGACCCAGAGGUGGGGGAAGUUGAACAUAGAAUUUCGUCUCCGACAACCGCGCGCGAAAAACUAGCACAAUUCUUGGAGUCGCCCGGUCUUCACAUUCUUGUUCUCGCACUGAUCGCACUUGAUGCUGUCUGUGUCCUUGUCGACCUCGGUUAUUCCUUUCUUUCCGAAGGCUGCUCGCCUCCCGAGGGACCGGAUGCUCCUGUGUGGAUGAAUGUGCUCGCCAACAUAUCUCUCGCCAUUACCACCGUCUUUUUGGUGGAAAUACCUCUUGCAUUAUGGGCCUUCGGAUUUCGUUAUUAUAUCCCGUUCAAGGGCAUUCCCCAUGCUCCUUUGCACCUAUUUGAUGCUGUCAUCAUAAUUACCACCUUCACUCUUGAGUUUAUUCUCAAGGGCCGGGAAAGAGAGCUCGUUGGUUUACUUAUCAUUCUUCGUCUGUGGCGGCUUGUCAAAUUAGUCGGAGGCAUUGCCGUGGGUGCAGGGGAGGUCGAGGAAGGCGUAGCUAAAGAACUUGAGGACACCAGGAGGCAACUGGAGGGAGUGACAAUUGCCCUGAACAAGGCUCGUGACGAGAACCGUAAGCUACGGUCCAGAAUCACCUGGCUAGAGACGGGCGGGUCGGAGGGCGAAGAGCCUAGCGCGACUGAAGCCGAUUAG